AUGGUGUGGAACUCUCAAGGGGCGGGAAGCCGAGAAUUUCUAUCUGCUCUGAGAGAAAUCAUUCGAGUAAACAAACCUAUGAUCUUUGCCCUGGUCGAAACCCACAUGGGUGGUGCUAGAGCGGAGAGAAUUGCAACAGUGCUGAGUUAUGGUGGCCAUACAAGAGUUGAUGCACAAGGGUUUAGUGGAGGAAUAUGGGUGUUCUGGAAACCUGAACUCAUCACAGUAAACCCCAUAGAACAACAUAAUCAGUACAUAACCAUGGAGAUCACAAGAAUUGGUGAAGUCCCUUGGUAUUUCACAACUGUUUAUGCAAGUCCAGACCCCUCAAAACGACAAGAUCUAAUUUGGCGAGAGCUGGAGAACUUUGCAGCAAGAAAUAACAAACCUUGGAUGCUUGCAGGUGACUUCAAUGAAACAAGGUUUGACUGGGAGCGAAGCUCGAGCUGUUCUGAAACAUCCAGACGCAGCAACCACUUCAAUCAAUGGGUUGAACACAAUCAACUACUUGAAAUCGAAUUCUCUUGCCCUUCCCACACAUGGGCAAGAGGGAAUUCGGCUGAAACCAGAACCAGUGCUAGGCUUGAUCGAGCACUAUGCAGUACAGAAUGGGGACUGGUUUUUGAUAAAGCCAGGGUUAAACACUGUUGUUCCUAA